AAACAGUGCUGAUCGUUUGCUGAAGCUGAAAGGAAAGUUUUUAUCAAACAAAUAGGGAUAAAUUGGACUGAAUUGAACUGGAUAGAUUCCUGAAGUCAUACAACCGAAAUUUUUUCGAACGGAUCAUUACAUCUAAGUAAGAGGGAGAAACAUGGAUGACGAGACCGUUCUGCGAAAGUCGAGCUCAUCCUCAAAGGUCGUCUGGUUGCUUGCGGUGUUUACCAUCUUGGCGACGAGUGCAGAGUUCAUAAGAAUCGAGAUAAAAUUGAACAAGAACUCGUUCAAGGUUGAUGACCUGAAAGCCGUGACAGUGGGGGGAUGCCAUGGCAAGGAAGGUUUAACUAGUGCUCCGCUGUCCAUGCGUCGGCGCCGCGAGGCUCCGCAAGACGAUGUCCCAAGCAUCAAACGGCGAAUCUCACAGAUUCAACAAACGCUUCACAUCCUCACACUCCGCAAAAAACAGUCACAAAACGCAGGAGCACCGCGAGGCUUGCCGGGUAGUCCAGGCCCCAGAGGCGUCAAGGGACCACAGGGUGACCGAGGAAAGCGCGGGAAAAAGGGAAAAAUGGGCCGGCCCGGGAGACAAGGAUCUGACGGGAAACCUGGGCACCAGGGACCACAGGGUUUCAAAGGCGAAAGAGGAGAAAAGGGGCAGAGAGGAGAUGUUGGGCCCAAGGGAGCGAAGGGAGAUUAGUCUCCGCCAUCUUGAUAUGUCAACAUGGCUCUUCUCCUGUAUUGUUGUCUUGCCGUGGUCUUUAUUGUCAAAAGCUUUGCAACAUUAAUAAAAAUACGUCAAUAUC